UUGCAACCUUAACACAAUUCUAUUUCUUUCGAUGCAUCAGGCCGUGUGCUGAAAAUGACGCAAUCGAAGUGGCGACCGCGAGAAUCUUCUGAGGAGAAGACGCGACACGUACGUAAAAUGCGCUCCCUCGUACGUAUGUACGGUGGAAAAGAAAAAGACUGCGCGAAGUGGGGUGAAACGAUCCGUAGUGGAAGACGAAGAAGCGUCUGGUCGAACGAGUAGAAUCGUACGAACCUUCAUCGUGGCCGCAAUAGCGGAUCUUUCAUACUGGUGCCCACGUUAACAUUUUACGACAGAUAGCGAGUAUCAGUCGUACGUGCAACGACCAAAUACGUUUAUCGAGCGACAAGUUCAAUAAGGUAGCACCGACGAACGAAUUCAUCAACCGAAUUAUCAACCGAAAAAAAGGAGAACGAAGUGAAAAGGCAAAAAUGGUUUACGAGAGCGACUUCUACACAACUCGACGACCCUACUCACGGCCUUUAGUCUCGUCUUACUCCAUCACGAAACAGGACUACUUCCCCUGGGAAAAAGUGCCGUUUGUCCCACGACCAUCCUUGGUACCGGAACCAUUCACGGUUUGGGGUCGUAAGAAACAGGAUCCUAAAAAGGAAUUUUACCAAUACGUCACCCUGAGGGAUAAGGAGGGUGUGGUGCGUGGGAAGAACCCCUCGAAAGAGGAUCAUGCUCGUCAAUUGGUGGCAGGUGGUGCGGUGUCGAAGGAUCGACCGAUUACCUUACCGAUCUCUACGAUUCUUCAGUUGAGAAGCAUUCCCCGCAUGCCAUACGUGGCUCAUAAACGGCUCGUCACUGUAAUCCACAUCCCGUAUCAUACUGUGUACUAUGGCGGCACCCUGAUACCGAUAAGAGUUCACUCGCGCGUACGUCCAAGCGUCCUUGCAGCCGAGCUCAACAGGAUACGCAGCCUGACAAGACCGUCCACCGAAUCCUACGUGGAAAAGUAUCUUCAAUCGAAGGAUCACAUCUACUUCGACGACGAGGCGAGGGAAAUACGUGCGAGAGUGGAUUCCCUUCUCCGACGAGUACACAUCUUCGUCCCACGAGCCGUGGCAAGCGACUUCGCCGAAGAAAUAGUGCCGGAACGCAUGCGCAGCGGGGACUACGUCCGCCGACUUAUCUCGGGCAAGCACAACACGAAGAAGGACACGAUAGAGCCGAUCUCGUGGUACGAGGUACCCGAUCGAGGUAACUUUGGUAAUCUGGCGUGUGUUAAGUAUGUCGCCGGCAAGCCACACUCGAUCAGGAAACCCUACUUCAAGGUCGCCGACUUGCGCCCGUCCGACAUCAAAAACGAUGUCAAUUUUCUCAGUUACUACAGCAAGAACCGCGAGGCGGCGGCUAACGCCUCUCCAGAUCAACCGAUGACGGAAAGAGAGUUGCGGAAGGCGCGAGCGUUGCAACCCGAUUUGGACGAGUCGACUGUGAGGAAAGUAACGGAUAAAACGCGUAGAGAAACGGAAUCGAGGGCGGAGAAGAGAUACUCCAGGCGCGAGAAAGUUCUCGAGGAGGAGGAGGAGGAAGUUCACCCUUCGGUGACGCAAUCAGCGGCCGAACAGGAGCCGGUUCAAUCCAAACCCGCAAAGGAGCCACAAGUCGCGACAGAGCCUAAAUCCCCAGGUAGAGCCGAACAUCCUGCGAAGAAACCGGAGCCAACGACAGAGAAACCCUCGGAACCCGUGAAUCAAACUGCGAAAGAACCCACCCCCGAACCCGAACCCGCGAAAGAAGCAACGCCUGAACCUGAACCCGAACCCGAACCCGCGAAAGAAGCAACACCCGAACCCGAACCCGCGAAAGAAGCAACACCCGAACCCGAACCCGUGAAAGAAGCAACACCCGAACCCGAACCCGAACCCGAAUCGCUUUCAGAGACAAAAGGAAAAGCAGUGGAGUCGAAGGAAGAAAACUUAAUGGAGUCGGAGGAUGCGGAAAAGGUGGAGGAGCCAGAAGAACGAGAAACGAAUGAACGAGAAGCGGUGGAAGUGGUGGAAGAGGUGGGAUCGAAGCGAGACGUUAACGAAGCUGUAAGUGAAUCGGAGGAGGAAACGGAUGAGAAGGAGGCAACGACUGAGGAUGUGAGGCAAGAGAAGGAGGAGGCGGUCAAGAGAAUAGAGCAGUACCUUAUUAACGCUGCCGAGCAGGCGAGGACCGAAGAGGAGCGGAAAAUAGCUGCCGAGGAAGAACGAGCGAGGCUAGAGAUGGAGGAGGCGAAGGCGUGGGAGCAGCUGCAAAUAGCACAGGAGCGAGUAGCUCAUCUCGACGAGAUUAUCGAGCAGGAAAAGAUCGAGGAGAAGAGAAAGGCCGAGGAGGAGAAGAUCGAAGCUGACCUCUUGGAAACUCGAAAGAUACUCGAGGAAGAGAGAAAGUUAGAGGAGGCUAAAACGGCGGCCUUGCUGGCAGAACAGGAGCGGAUGCUGGUCGAGGAACAAUUGGAGAAAACACGGGAGGAGGAGGAGAAGGAGGAAAGGUUGGCGAACGUCACCUUCCUCGAUCAAGAUCGGGAAGUGAAAAGCAUCGAUCAUUGCCGCGACGACGAGAUAACGUGCGAUAUUACCGACCAAGAUAGGGAGGAGAAGCCCUACGAUCCAAUCACGGACGACGAGACCCAGAUCGAAGAGGAGGACGUGCACGAGGAAUGCGAAUGCGACAUGGCGGAGAAUCCUUUCGUGGAGGAGCCGGAAGGAGCGGAAGGAAAGGCGGUGACCGGUGGGAAUAGCGUGGAGGAAUCGUCAAAAACCGAAGAAGCAACGUCGGGCGGAGAGGAAAGUUUCGUGUGGGGCGACGAAGAUGAUUAAAACGAAUCCUCCGAGAAAUCGUUCGUGCAUCUCUUUAAAUAAUCGCGACUGUUGUCGCACGUCGUAUAUAUGUACAAGGAAAGGAUGAAACGUUUGAUAAUUUGCUACAUUGUUGAAAGUAUUCUGUUUCGAAUCGUUCGAGUUUCUCUCUAUCACAUUUCGAUCAUUCGCAUCUGUCGUUUAAUUAAGACACAAAGCACCCUCACUCACGAUUUUUUUUUUACUUUUCACUAAAAAUCGAUCUCGAGCUUCAAUCUCGAUUUUUGUCGAUUCGCUUGUCGUAUUGCACUUGUGGAAAAAAAAAUUUCAUGGCUUUGACGAAAUCGAAAACGAUCUUUCCAACGGAUCCUUCAUAUCAUCUUACACGUUCAAUUAUUAAUAUUAAUCGUUGAACGAUUAUAUUUCUAUCUUAGUUGAUUCCAUUAUGGGUCUUGUGCAAAACUUGUACAAAGUAGAAAGUUGACGAGAAAAAAAAGAAAAAAAAAAAAGACAAUUUCUCUUUCUAGAGAAACAAAUUGUUUAGUAAGUUUUCAAGUUAUAUACAAGUAGAAUAUAUGUUAUAUGUAUUUAUUUAACGUAAUUUAUCUUGCAACAUCGUCCAGUUCCAACUUAUUUCUCUUAAUCGAUACCAGAGAAUGGUUUACUAGGUCUUACGUAACGUAUAAAUAAUGCACAUCCUGCUAUAAUUGGAAAUGAAAGCGAGUAUACAGGAAAUUAUUAAUUUCAUGAACGAUUAAGCUGGAAAUGGAAAAGUUGAAUGAAAUUUUAUAAAUACGAAUCUACACGAUGCGAUGUUUCUUUCAAUGUUUAGUUCUUUCCGCGUCUUGUUGCUAAAAAAAAAAAAAAAAAAAAGAAAAAAGAAAAGCGAAAAAAAAUAUUUAUUAAUUAUAUCACGCUGUUCUUACACUCGAUACACUGCACUUUUCGUACUUUUAGCACUUUCCUGUAUAUUUCUAUAAUACGUAUUUUGAUUAUAUACACUUCUUUAGCAAUAAAUAUGUAAUUAACAUUCGAA